AUGAAUUUAGUCGACUACGAACUUUCCAGCGACGAAGAACACGGUGAGGAACCUCAGAAAUGGGAGAUUCAGCACGGAGAUUCAGUAAAAGGAGAAAAUGAAUGUACAGAUAAUAAAAAGAAUGAAAAAAAGAGAAGGGACAAUAGCGCUAGUAAGAACGUAAAUCACGAUCUUGGUGGAAAUGAAACCGAUACGGCGUGUGCUAAAAAAAAGGCGCAUAUCCAUCUAGCGAAGAAAUGGGAUACGGGUAGAGCAGACGCAUCCGUGGGGGAUAAAACGCACGACGCAGGUGAAAUGCGUAACGAUGUUAUUGCAGAGGUGAAGGGGGCAUCCAGUGAAGCGCCUUUAUCUAGUAAAUUAAAAGGCGCAGACAAAAUGUCAGAUUAUGAAGGUUGCGUUGGCGGUGACGAUGACGAAAACUGCAUUGAUGGCAGCGGUACCGAAGUAUGGUCAGGUGAGCAUCAGAGGGAAGGGGACAACAAUCAGAGGAGCGUACCACUAGUGAGUGAGCACACGGAUAGCUUAAUUGGGAAGGGAAGCAACCUCCUAGACAGUAAUAACCUUAUGAAUAUCAGCGUAAACGAAAACAAUUUUGAUGACUUAUUUUUCCUGCCCCCAAAUGAGUACUCAGAUUGUCUGAACCAAAAAAUAGAGGAACUGUCAAAACUGUAUGAAAUAAAUUUAACAAUUAAUAAAAAUAUAAUUAACUCAAAUGAAUAUAAAAAUCCCUGCAUUUUGGAAAAAAUUAUGCAGAUUUUUCAAAUUGAUGUGUAUUCAUCUAAUUAUCCUUUGAAUAUUUACAACCCUAAUGAUUUUUUAUCUAUUGAUUUGUUUAACGAAAAAGGAGAGGAAACGGAUCAGAAGAAAUCCAAGACCAAGUGGUCUAACCAUUGA